UUCGCAGUGCACUAAAUAUCGCAGUCCUCGUGUAGAUAGCGAAACCACCUUGUAAACAACAACAACAAAUGGUCAAGAUCAAAUAAUGUCUGAAGAGGACAAUGAAAACUCUGAUAUAUUCCGGAAACCGCCAGUGAGAUAUCUCGGCUAUGCAAAUGAAGUUGGUGAGGCAUUCAGGUCACAGGUUCAUGUGAAUGUUGUAAGACUAAGUUAUGUUGUAGCAUCAAGCUAUGUUGUGGCAGACGCUCUCCACAAAGGAUAUAAAGCAUCAGAGGUACCCUGGCAGACAGAAGAAAAGAAGAAAACAAAGGUGAAGUGGGCUGUGAUUGAUACAUUGAUAUGGCAAGGACUUGCAUCUGUGAUUAUUCCUGGUUUCACAAUAAACAGAACUUGCUUCCUAAGUAAUUUAGUAUUAAAGAAACAAUCAAGCAUUCCUGCUCCGACCAGGAAAUGGAUCACAACAUUUAUUGGUUUAGCAUGCAUUCCGUUUAUAAUCAAGCCGAUUGAUUUAUCUGUGGAUGUAUUCAUGGAGAAAACAUUUAGGAAGUAUUAUCACUAUGAGGGACAUAUCAUGAAAACCAUUGUGCGCCAUAACAGAGAAGAUCCCUGAUAUUAUUGAUUCUAGUCAGAAGAACUGGGUCCAAAGUUAUGAAAAAAUUCUCAGCUCAAAUUCAGAUCUCAGGAACUUGAUUGGUCAGAAAAUUUAUACAAUUUUACACUGACCAAUGAAAAUCCUGAGAUUUGAGAUGUAACUUAGAACAAGGUGUUAUAGCUUUGAGGCCAGGUUUCAGAAGUCAAGUUAUGAAUAUUUAGUUGAUAAAUUAUGCUUGUUAACAAUUUUAUCAUUUAUUGGUGAUGUAUAAAAUUUUCUUAGUGAUUAUUUUGUUCUAUGCAAUUUUUAAGUCUGGUAAAGGAGACCACAUGCUUAUGGAAUAUUUUUAAUUAGACUUUAAUUGUUAUAUAUUUGUAUAGUCAAGCUUUUUUAGCUCACCUGAGCUUGCUCAGGGUGAGCUUUUAGGAUCGAUGAAUGUCCGUCGUCCGUCGUCCGUCGUCCGUCCGGCCGUCCACAAUUGCUUGUGAACACUCUAGCGGUCGCAUUUUUGCCUCAAUCAUCAUCAAACUUGGUCAGGAUGCUUAUCUAGUUGAAAGCUCGGAUGAGUUCGAAUAUGGGUCAUCUCAGAUGAAAAAACUAGGUCACAAGAGCUAAAAAUAGAAAAACCUUGUGAACACUCUAGAGGUCACAUUUUUGACCCAAUCAUCAUCAAACUUGGUCAGGAUGUUUGUCUAGGUGAUAGCUCGGAUGAGUUCGAACAU